AUGAUGGCCACAGACUCGGAGCAGCACCAGAGAAGCCCUCUGUCUGGUUCUGUCUCCGUUGUUGCUGCCCACGGCACUGCUGCCAGUCCUAGAGGGACGCUGGAGGGUCGCCUAGGGGCUGAGCUGGAGGGGAGCCAACUGUUGCGGUUUGCAUGUCACUGCUGCAAGGGUGUUAACAUCAUAAUAUGCAGCAAAACUCCAGACGGCAGUUGGCUGAUGCGCCGCGCCCCGCCUGAAGCUCACAGUGCUAUUGCAGCCUCGAAUACUGUAGAAGAUCGGGCUAGUUCCGCCUCCAACGCAUUACUCGGAAGUGGAUGCAGGGGUCAUGAAUUCACCGAGGGAUGGGUCUGCGAGAGCGAGAAUUCCAAUAGUCAGGAUCAAGUCCCCGUUCAGAUUACCAUACAGCCCGCACCGGAAUGCACUAGAAGUAACACGAGCAGUGAUGAUGGCCUCAGCCCCAGUCAGCGCGGAAACGAAAGCACCUCCCAGACUGGCCAGCUUGACGGUGCCUCCGCUCUGCUCUCUGAACAGGCGGCAGCAGCUACCGGUAAAACUGCCGUAGCUUUGCGUCCACUAGCGACGAAUUCAACAGCGUCAACCUGUUCAUCAUGGGACAGUGGAGACCUCAGAGGAGGGGACGAGCCCCCCACUCCUCUAGAGGGUGAGGAGGCAGCCCACGACGCCGUACAGGACAGCCACGGACGAGUCCGUAGGCAGAAACAUCAGAUGGAGGAAUGCGUGAGCAGCAGUCAACACAGCACUGAAAAGAGGAUGCAGGGCGAAAACGAGACUUAUGAAGGGGGCCGCCCAGGGACAGCUGCUUCUGAAGACUUGGUAAGACAGCAGCAGCAGCAGCAGCAGCAGCACCCAAAGGACCGGCAAGAGGCCAAAGAAGAGUCACAGCAGAGUGAGCCGAAGGCACAGGAACUGUGCCAUGUGAGUAGCAGGGAUCCUGCGAGCAGUGGCGGUGAUUACAGCAGCGUCACCCGCAGCUUCAAUGUGGCCGAGGAUCCCGUCAUUGCGGCUAUGGCCCCCUAUCUGUCAACGCGCGAGUGUAAAGGAGAUGGAAACUGUCUUUAUCGAGCCUUCUCUGACCAGCUCUACGGAUCUCAGGACCACCAUUUGUUUCUACGGUGGCUCGCAGUGGACGUUAUGGUGAGAUGCAAGGAAACUUUCGAGGCCUUUGUAGACGAAAGUGAGGGCCCAUUCGAGCGGUGGAUUCAAACCAAAAGGACAUAUGGAGAGUGGGCAGACUACAGGGAAAUGCAUGCACUACUGCUGCUCUAUGGGACCCCCAUAUUUGUUUUUGAUGAGCACUUGCAGUUGUUGCAGGCUUUCGAGCCAGACGCAGAGAAGAGGAGGCCACCCGGUCCUGACGGGUCGAUCCUGACGCCGUUUCGGGUUAUUUGGCAUGGCAAGCUGGGCCAUUACACUUCGCUUCACUACGUGAAGGAAGGAUUCCCAAUAGCCCGCGGCUUGACAAUCGGUGCACUUGAAGCCGAGGGCCUCGCCCGUUUGGUUCUUUCCCAAUUAUCAGGAGAAACCGAAAUGGAGGCCUCACAGGGAGCCUCUACGGGGGAUGGCAAUGUGGCGCUUCCUGCUGCCCUGGAGGAAGAGGCUCUAGCGGAGUGUCUGCAGGUCAGUACAGAAGAGCUGGCGGACCUCGCAGCGGAACAGGCAAUGAUACUGGCUGCUAUUAAGAGGCAGAGAAUGCAGGAGCUGCUGCCUCAGACCACACGUAUGGUUGACAAAAUCUGGAAUGAGGCUAGGAAAGAACAAGAGAUGUGGACAGUUCGUUUGGCAAAGUGUCCACAGGAAUCCUCCCUACUGCCUCCCAGAAGGGAAUCAGCGCAGCGAAUGAUGCCUUGGAGAGCUAUAGAUGGGCUCACAGGUGCAGCACCAGGACUGGCAGCAGCGGCUGCCGCACCCGCGGUAGAAGGAUUCGCCGCCAAUGUGCGAACCUCUGCCCCCCCCUUCCAAUCCUUCAGGAGGCCCAUCCAAGGGUCUUCAUGCUCACCUUCGACGGUUUGUUAUGUCGAGGAUGGUGGUGUCUUUGAAGGGAACCCUUCCCGUGUUGAAGGGCGCACUGGAAAUUCAAGGGGUGAAAACUGCACCAGCCAAGCAAUCAGGUAUACAAGGCCACAAGUGUGGCAGGAGCAACAGCUGAAAUUGCCAGCUAUUGCAACUGCCUCGAGUGCGACGGCGCGCCUUAGUCAAGGUCCGCCGGGGCCUGCGGUGGUCUCUACGCCGCAGCAGGUUGCUUCUGCCCCCGAAUUUGUUGAGCAGCAGCGACAAUGCAUGCGCCUUUCCGACGGGCGGCUCGUGGCUGUGCCCCCCAUGGGGAACGGGGGGCCUGUGAGGCACGGCACGCUCCAGAAAAGGCAGGCAGACCUGCAGCAGGAAUCGCUCUCUGGAGCAGUGACGAGGCAAGAAGGCGGGAGCACUAGACUUCCGCCUGAGGAAGCCUCCUGGUUUGUCAGAUGGUUGGGCAGCGGCAGCCAAGGAAGGUGA